UUUCUUCAACCCCCAUUUCCAUUUUCUUUUUCUUUCUUUCUUUUGCAGCCAUUGAAGAGUUGUUUUUCUUCAUUCAAUUCUUUCUUACAUUUUCAUUCAGAUUCAGAGUUUUUAUCUUAUGGCUAAAGUUUUUUCUCUAGCAGAAGUUUCUGAGCACAACACCAACAAGGACUGUUGGCUUAUUAUUGGUGGCAAGGUUUACGACGUGACUAAAUUCUUGGAAGAUCAUCCAGGUGGCGAUGACGUCUUAUUGUCUUCAACCGGAAAAGAUGCAACCGAUGAUUUUGAGGAUGUGGGCCAUAGUACAAGUGCUAAGGCAAUGAUGGACGAAUUCUAUGUAGGAGAAAUCAAUUCAUCGACAAUUCCGAAACAGACCAAGUACACUCCUCCGAAACAGCCUCAUUACAAUCAGGACAAAACAUCAGAGUUCAUCGUCAAGAUCCUUCAGUUCUUGGUUCCGUUGAUUAUCUUGUCUGUGGCUGUUGGAGUCCGUUUCUAUACCAAAUCAUCAGCCUAAGAAAAGAAGUACUUUUUUCUUGUUCGUUGUUCGGUAAUAAAUCGAGGUUGUUACGGUUGAAAAAUUCCGUCUUGUCUGAACUUUCUAGACGGUUAUGUAGUCUUUUAAGGUAGCACGGUGUUGCAGUUUGUGAAGUUGUUGAAGAGGGAUUGAUUUUGUAUUCUAUUCGAUUUACGUGAAGAAACUCACUAUUAAAAUCCAAGAAA